AUGUUUGUCCUUUUUUUUAUCAAGACCAAAAAGUUACCAUUUGAUAAUGAUAAAGACUAUGAAAACUACACCACAACGUUUGCGGUCUUCUUACCUGCCAAAGUUAAAAAAGCUGAACUGUUGAAGAAGAAGAAGAAUAUAGCCUGGUCCACAUUAGACCUACUGUCCAGUCUUUUUGUGAAUCGUGAAUAUCCGUGGAAGGGUUUCUACAGAUAUCAAGCCCCUCUCCCUGCAGCCACUCCUGCCAGACCCCCUACUUUCCCAGGACGGGACUUCAUUACCAAACACAGGAUUGCUCUAGAAACUCGCCUGGGACUCUUGCAGCCCAUUCUCUCGCAUCUGGAGGAUCACAAAGUUCUGAAUGCUGAGGAGAGGGAGGAGGUGGUCAGCAAAUCCACCAAGACGCUACAGAACCAAGCCCUGCUGGACAUGGUGGUGGGGAAGGGGGAUGAAGCCCAGGAGGAGUUCUACCAGGUCCUGAGAGAAGCAGAUCACUUCCUGGUCAAAGACAUGGAGAAGAAGAAAGCCUGAGAGGUAGCCAUGGAUACAACAACAUCAAGAGAUAUAUCACUAUACUACUAAUAAAUGACCUGAGAGAGACAGACAGACUGAGAGGUAGCCAUGGAUACAACAACAUCAGGAGAUAUAUCACUAUACUACUAAUACAUUACCUGAGAGAGACAGACAGACUGAGAGGUAGCCAUGGAUACAACAACAUCAUUAGAUAUAUCACUAUACUACUAAUAAAUUACCUGAGAGAGACAGACAGACUGAGAGGUAGCCAUGGAUACAACAACAUCAGGAGAUAUAUCACUAUACUACUAAUACAUUACCUGAGAGAGACAGACAGACUGAGAGGUAGCCAUGGAUACAACAACAUCAGGAGAUAUAUCACUAUACUACUAAUAAAUUACCUGAGAGAGACAGACAGACUGAGAGGUAGCCAUGGAUACAACAACAUCAGGAGAUAUAUCACUAUACUACUAAUAAAUUACCUGAGAGAGACAGACAGACUGAGAGGUAGCCAUGGAUACAACAACAGGGGAUAUACCUGUUCAGAGACAUAGAGCAGUACUUUGAGGAGGAGCCAUCCUGACCAGAGGUGGUUGGUGUGUAACGUGAU